AUGGGUGAAAAAGCAGCAACGAGUGAGGUGAUCAAUCAACUUGUCGGUACACUUGGCGACGAGGAUACCUAUGUCAGAAAUAGUGCAUGUGAUGCUCUCGGUGAUAUGGGUGAAAAAGCAGCAACGAGUGAGGUGAUCAAUCGACUUGUCAGUGCACUUGGCGACGAGAAUUCCGAUGUCAGAAGUGGUGCAUGUUAUGCUCUCGGUAAGGUGGGUGAAAAAGCAGCAACGAGUGAGGUGAUCAAUCGACUUGUCAGUGCACUUGACGACGAGGGCUCCAAUGUCAGAAAUAGUGCAUGUUAUGUUCUGGGUAAGAUGGGUGAAAAAGCAGCAACGAAUGAGGUGAUCAAUCGACUUGUCAGUGCACUUGGCGACGAGAAUUCCGAUGUCAGAAGUGGUGCAUGUUAUGCUCUCGGUAAGAUGGGUGAAAAAGCAGCAACGAAUGAGGUGAUCAAUCGACUUGUCAGUGCACUUGACGACGAGAAUUCCUAUGUCAGAAAUAGUGCAUGUGAUGCUCUCGGUGAUAUGGGUGAAAAAGCAGCAAUGAGUGAGGUGAUCAAUCGACUUGUCAGUGCACCUGACGACGAGAAUUCCGAUGUCAGAAGUGGUGCAUGUUAUGCUCUCGAUAAGAUGGGUGAAAAAGCAGCAACGAGUGAGGUGAUCAAUCGACUUGUCAGUGCACUUGACGACGAGGGCUCCGAUGUCAGAAUUAGUGCAUGUCAUGCUCUCGGUCAGAUGGGUGAAAAAGCAGCAACGAGUGAGGUGAUCAAUCGACUUGUGAGUGCACUUGACGAUCCGGAUUCCGAUGUCAGAAGUAGUGCAUGUUACUAUCUCGGUAAGAUGGGUGAAAAAGCAGCAACGAGUGAGGUGAUCAAUCAACUUGUGAGGGCACUUGACGAUGAGAAUUUCAGUGUCAGAAAUAGUGCAUGUAUGGCUCUCGAUGAUAUAGGUAAAAAAGCAGCAACGAAUGAGGUGAUCAAUCGACUUGUCAGUGUACUUGGUGACGAGUAUUCCUAUGUCAGAUAUAGUGCAUGUCAUGCUAUCGGUAAGAUGGGUGAAAAAGCAGCAACGAGUGAGGUGAUCAAUCGACUUGUGAGGGCACUUGACGACGAGAAUUCCGAUGUCAGAAGUAGUGCAUGUUAUACUCUCGGUGAGAUGGGUGAAAAAGCAGCAAUGAGUGAGGUGAUCAAUGAACUUGUGAGGGCACUUGACGACGAAUAUUCCGAUGUCAGAAGUAGUGCAUGUGAUGCUAUUCGUAAGAUGGGUGAAAAGGCAGCAAAGAGUGAGGUAAUCAAUCGACUUGUGAGUGCACUUGGCGACGAGAAUUCCGAUGUCAGAAGUAGUGCAUGUUAUACUCUCGGUGAGAUGGGGGAAAAAGCAGCAACGAGUGAGGUGAUCAAUAGACUUGCGAGUGCACUUGACGACAAGGAUUUGUGGGUCCGACGUAGUGCAUGUGAUGCUAUCAGUAAGAUGGGUGAAAAAGCAGCAAUGAAUGAGGUGAUUGAUCGACUUCUCAGUGCAGUGAAACAUGAUUGGUUUGCCACUAAAAACUUCUACUCGAAGGAUAAUGUGUUAAACUAUCUCUCUGUGCUUUCUGCAUUAGCAGUGUUUCGUGGUGAGGAAGUCGCAGCUGCUGCUGCUGUAGUGACUUUUAGGAGAUGUAUUGAGACGAGAUCGAUCUCACCUGAACGACUUCUGAAAGUCUAUAUGGGUACAGCAGAUCCAAUAUGGCUACCUGGCGUUAUUUAUGCCUUCGUUUUCAAUGAAGCUGCAGUCACUGUCUUUGGAAAUAAAAUAUGGGUUUAUGAGAGAGAAGGAGUUACGCAGAUACCCAUUAGUAAUCAGCAAUUGCUUGUUGAACUUCAGAAAGGUUUUGCUGAGGAGAUGGGCUAUGUUGAUCUUAAAAUUAACAAAGACUAGAAUUGAUCGAGAUAGCGGAAGUUAUAUGAUGGUACAUAACGCUUCAUUGAAGAUGCAUAGAUGGGGAUUUGUGAUACAUCAGUUGAGAGUGCAAGUGUUAAUCGUAAUAUCAAUCAUUUAUUUACUAGGUGCUUUUAGAUAUUCGUAGAGUUAGAAUCUAGAAUUCAGUUAUUUUUUUGCAUACAACUCAUAUGCAAGUUAACUUAUUCCUUUGGUUAGUUACUUGUUUUCUUUAAUUUCUUAGUCAGACCAUUGUAGUCUGUAUACUUGACCAUGCGAUCUCGAUUUUAUCGUCAUUCAGAAUCGAGCGAGAGAAGCAUUUCUUAAUCAUGAUUUGAUAAUGACAAAUCUAUCUAAGUGUGGACUGAAUAGUAAAAUAGUGAGAGCACUUUGUAUACACAAAAAUAUCACACAUCCGAUGAUUAUACAUUUUGAUGAAGGAUCUCCGAAUAUAAUUGACUCAUGGUUUUAUUAUGCAGGAUGCAUGUUAUCAUGUGCUCACUAGAUAGUGACAACAUUCCUCAGAUCCGAAUAUCACAACAAUUAUGUUGAAUGCUUUAUAGUCCUGUUUCUUCAUCAGAAAAUGAAAAGCUAUGUAUUAAGAGGAAAAUGAAAAGCGAUCAUAGCUUUUUAGAUGCAACUAUUCUUUUGUGUCUAGUUGCUUCUGAACAAGUCGUUUUGUUUUAUGUGUUCGUUCGUUUUUCAUAUUUUGACUCUUUUUUGUGCCGAAAUGUGUUGAUCGUUAUAGUAGUGUUACUCUCUCAACAUGUAUAGUUAAGACUCUGUUGUGAAGAACUAUAUUUCGUUUGCAUUUUCUUUUUCAUUUGUUUUGUUUUGCCCAUGUUUUAUUUGUGUAUAAAAAGAUUGAAUAAAUGCUGUAGAUUUUUCAUAUAUGAUCCUCCUAGAUAGUUUCUUCUUUAGAAAUACUUCUGAUAAUGUAAUGUUCCAUACUCAUAGAAUGAUUGAAUCUUAGUCUUGAGCAAAAAACAAAACUAGAACAAAUUCUUAUUCAAGUAGUGGAUGAACGUACAGAUCUUGCUCGUAAUCAAUACCAAUCGAAACAAAAAGAGGUAAACGAAGUAAACAACACAUUUCUGACAUUCUCUUCGACAUAUUGAUUUAUGAGUUGUCAUUGAUAUUGUUUUCUCUCGGAAUGUUCAAUCUGUCUUUUCAUUAGAUUUUUUUAAUGUUUCAACCAACUAUGAUCACUCAAUCUUACUGAUGAGCUCACUACUUGCUUAUGUCAUAUUAUAGAAUAUUUUUGAAUCUGCGUUGUAUGUGUUUCUGUAAUCGGUCACAGCUUCAUUCUACUUACUUUGAUAUGUUGUGAUAAAACAAGAGUUGCUCUAUGGUCGUAGAUCGUCGAUUUACAGUUGUAUAGCAGGUGAGUGAUCAAUCAAUUCAUCUUCGUCCUUAUUCGCAUCUUGUUAUUCGAUAUUUUCAUUUGUCCAUCACAACUAGUACUGAAAUAAUUUCUUUAAUACUGAAAGCUAUCCAAAUAUAUAGAUCUUUUUCAUCAGUAUUUCAUUUAUAUUCGUUCUAUGGAUUAGAAUUUUACCAGAUAUUGCUUUGAUAUUAUUAAUUAACAUAUAAGAUUUAGUUGUUUUUUUGGGACCACUUCAUUUCUCAGUUGAAUCAAAUUGAUUUCCAACAAGUUUCGCUACCUAAUCAACCAAAAUAUGCACAGUGAUGAACAUGAAAACUCAGAUGAUCAAUCGUUCGAUGAAUUCAUUAUAGAAAACCUCUGUCGUGGCAUUUUUCAAAUUGUUUCAUCAAAUCACAAACUAGAAUCGCUGACGAAUAUCAUAAUCUAAUAUCUGUCAGAGAAAAAUCAGUUCUCUUUCGAUGAUUCAAUUGAUUAUGGUAGAAAAUCAUUUCGUAAAGAUGAUUGCUUAGUCAUUUUUCAACAUCAUUCUCAAACUUAGUCAAUUUGACGACGAUUUUUCACAAGGAUUAAUAUCAAUUUUUAAAUCAUUAUUUGUAAAAAAAAAAGUGAGAAUUUUUCAGCAAUAUUCAGCUUAUUGCUUGAUUUCCAAGUUUCAUUCAAUCACAAUUUUCUU